GAUGUGAUGGGUCACGUGAUCGCGGGAUGCGCUCAAUCCGUAUGUUCUAGACAGCAGAUGUGACAGUGGGUCCAACAGAGCUCAGACAGAAGCCUCCUCCUCCCCACCCCACCCCCUCCUCCUCCUCCUCCUCCUCCUGCAGGAGCGCACCAUGAUCCAUCUCCACCGCUGCAGACCCGGCUGCGCCUGCACGUCUCCAAACUGUCACGGAAUAAAAAAACUCGUCAGUUCCUGAGUGGGGGAAGCAGAGCAGAGGACCAGUUUGUUGUUGCAUUAGAGGAGAAUACUCAGAGCUGCUGCUGGAUCUGUUUGGAAGGCUCUGUCUGUUCUGAUUUGAGGGGCUUCACCUGCAGGAGUCAAACCAUGCGCUCCUGGACUGCGCACCCCCGGUCCUGGUCCAUCCUUCCCCUCUUAUUUCUCCUCUUUCUGUCCACUGUUGUCUCCUCUUCCUCCCGCCCACAGUGGGUCCUCCAGCGUGUCCCUGUAGUCCUCCCACAGCAGACAGAGGUUCGACCAGCUCCACACUUCCUGUCUGAAGCCCGCCUGGAUGUCACCUCUCCUUGUGACCCUGAAUGCCACAUGAGGACCCCUCGCCCCAGCUACUGGGAUCUGCGGCGUCUUCUAGCCUAUGAAACGCUCCACUCUGACGGUAGACUCACUGAGACUGCCAUUGGGAUUUAUGGCUACAACCCAAACUCUGACACCACUCCGGUCUACUCAGUUGGUUCAUCUGGAAAGGCUCACGUCAGACGAAAGCGUCAGAUCUUUGGACAUGAUGGUCGCUUUAGUAUUGCAGGACAGGACUUCCUGCUUAAAUAUCCAUUCUCAGUGGCAGUCAAACUGUCCACUGGAUGCUCUGGCACCUUGGUUGGGGACCGUCAUGUUCUCACAGCUGCACAUUGUGUUCAUGAUGGUAAGAACUAUGUGAAAGGAGCCCAGAGGCUUCGAGUUGGGUUUUUAAAACCCAAGCAACGAGACACACAGUCUUCUUCCCUUUAUCUGUUCUCUAACAUCACCAACCAUGUUGAAGGAGGCCCUGGUCCUUAUGCACCACCAACAAACGACAGAAUGAAGUUCCAGUGGAUCAGGGCAAAGCGUACCCAUGUGCCCAAAGGAUGGAUUAAAGGCAAUGCCAAUGACAUUGGGAUGGACUAUGACUAUGCUCUGCUGGAACUCAAGAAACCCCACAAACGCCGCCACAUGAAGUUAGGAGUCAGUCCUCCAGCUCAAAGGCUGCCUGGUCGACGGGUCCAUUUCUCAGGAUUUGACAACGACCGGCCAGGCCAGCUGGUGUACCGGUUCUGCAGGGCUGGGGAGGAGACGUCAGACCUGCUGUACCAGCACUGUGAUGCUCAGCCCGGGGCCAGUGGGUCAGGAGUCUACGCCCGGAUGUGGGAUGGGCGGCGCCGGCGCUGGGAGAGAAAAGUAAUAGGUGUGUUUUCUGGGCAUCAGUGGGUGGAGCGACAGGGGGCGUCUCAGGAAUUUAAUGUAGCAGUCAGAAUCACACCGCUGAAAUAUGCCCAGAUCUGCUACUGGAUCAAAGGAAACUUUGUUGACUGCCGAGAGGGGUGAGCUAAAAGAGGACAUGAGCAUAAGGCUGUUACUUUGAAAUUGAGGGCCACUUCAAUAUUGUUAUUUUACUGGAGUAUUUUAGACCAGAAUCAACAGACUUCCUCACCUGAGCUUCCAGCACUGACAUAAUAACCUUCAAACAGCUGCUGACUGUCCCCAUUCACAGACACCAGACCCAUCUGAACAUAAACAACCUGGAACAAACAAAGUUUUGCAUCCUCACAUAAAAUUUCAUAAUAAACAUCAGUCACGUGCAUACCAACAGGACAUUACAACAUUCAAGCUGUGUUCUGUAGACCAGAAUAAGGACUAUGGUUUUUAGAGGUGUCCCCUCUGGAUCAUGGACUGAUAGAGACUGUCUUAGAAAAGGCCCUCAGAUUACAAAGCACAGGACAUAAGAGACUGUUUUUCUUUACAUUAUAGCCUUUUUAAUGUGCUAAUACUAAAGAUUGCACUGUAAAACCUUUAAAACUUUUUCUACUGAUUUAUGUGGAUGAAUGUAUGUGAGAAACCAAAGGUGUCGAUAGUUUCGAUCACUUCUUCUUCUUUACGUGGACUGCCUGUGUAAAGUCACAUUCUGUCCACCACACAUGGCUUCUCAGACAGAUGUUAAACGACUGCAGAUGAUGUCAUCAUGGCUGCAGAUUACUUCACGUGUGAAACGUUUCAUACAAGAAUGCUUUAAUCAUUGGCUCCCUCUGGUGGUAAAGACAACACAUUGCAGGUGGAUGCAUUAAACAGUUAUGUUGACUUGAUGGA